CUUCUCUCUCUCUCUCUCUCUCUCCUGCGAACAUGCACAGGCAGUCUCUGGGAUCACCUACUUCGAAGCUCCACAUUCAUGGCGCUAAAGAAGUAAAAUUCACAGCAGAAGAGGCGGAGCGUAAAGAUCACGCGUCUUCAGCACUUAUAGACAGCAACGAUGAUGAAGACGACCACAAGUUACAGAAGAAUUCUCAUAAAUCACCUGAGGCUGAGAGAUACAUACACCUCAUUCCCAUUCUCACCGUCCUCUGUUUCGUCAUCCUCUACCUCUCCUCUCACGAUCCCUCUCAGAGAGAUUUGGCUCAGUUCAACGGAUUUAAGCGACUGUCGGAGCCGAUAGAUUCAAGGCUUUUGGAGGUUCAGAGCAGCCAUGUUUUGGCGAUUCGAAGCCUGAGGAAUCUUCUGGAGAUCAAUACGCAAGCUCCGAAAAAUCGACUCCAUCGGAAAAUCGGCGAUUUCUAGUGCGCAUUCCCUGGUUCUUUUCUUUCUCCCUUGGCUCCAUAUCUAUAUUUGAUCAUCUCUGUCGUUCGAGUUAGUGAGUUCGCAGGUACGGCUCCGUCGGUGGAGCGAAUAAUGUCAUUUCAACUAAUUUAUUGACUUUAUUUAUUAAAUUAAUUUACUAUAAUUAAUUAUUUAUUUUAGUUCAUCCGUAUGAGUGUUCGAGUUUAAAGGUCCGACAUGAUUUAUCAAAAUCUCAAUUAAUUCUUACCUUAGUCUGUUUAAGAAGAGGUCAUUUAUAUUAAAAUUAGGAUAUUCUUCGAUUAUUUGUAGAUUUUAUUAAAUAUUAAAAAUUAAUAUUAAUUCAACAAUUAUACUAAAAUUAUAUUAUUAAAUUAAUAAAUUAUAUCUAAAUUCAAAUCACAUUAUUUUUUCCCAAUUAUGCAUGUCAAUUUGUUGUUUUGUCAAAAAGCAGCUUGACACGUAUGCACCUCUAUAAGAA